CCCUCUUUCGACAGUUGUUAUGUCAAUGCCAGCUAGCUGUACACAACGAGAACGUGAAGAAAGUUGUUGACAUUUUGAUGAAGUUAAGUGUUUUCCAUUCAUGUGAUUUGUAAAAAAGACAAAGUUAAAAGAAAUUGCAAUUACUUAUAGCUUCCGGGCUGACUGAGACAUGUCACUUCAUGUCAUUACUGAGAUAGGGGUGCCAGGGCGAAAAGAACGUGAGAGGCGUCACUAUGCAGAGAGGCGAGGCCAUGAGCAACCCACGGGGCGAGGGCGCCGCUACUUACCCCACGGGGAUGGGUCUCAGCCAGACUGGCAGCCCCACCCACACUGUCUUCAAGUCAAAUAUUCUGAGGAGGGCCCCGACUGGUCGUCUCGUCUGCGAUACAUCCCAGCUCCCACCGAACCUGAACCAAGGGAGGAUUAUAAACUUCCUUCCCUUCGCUGCUUCCCAUGGCGUCAUUUCAAAUCAAACGAGGAAUGGUCGUUCUAUCCCGAGGGAUUUCAUGUCGGUCGACGAUGUCAGUUUCCAGCCGACGCCCCUCCGGAAGAAAAGGAACAUCCCGCCAGCAUGACUUCAACAAAAGAAGUGACACACUCCUCCCUGCUGGGAAUGAAUCGAAAAUUGCCAAGAACGUUUGAGAGGAGAGGAUUUUUCCCAGAAGCCUCCCCUGGUGACAAGUCGUACCAGGCAUCGGAAUACUCGCCAAAGUUUCACAAGUUUGGCUCGACCAGGCCUGUUGUCAACUUUGGUGGCUCACCGAAGAGAAAACACGACACAUUUGUUCCCUUGCAAGAGCUUCCACCUUACCCUUGCGAGCGAUAUACAAGUAAGGAAAGAAGGCGGAAAUACAAGGAGGAACUGGACUCGGUACGAGUAUUGGAGAGCUGGGAACCGGCCAUGCCGCUGGGCCUCCCCUUCGGAUGUGACGAUCGGAGAUUUGUCGCAGUCUAAAGCUGGCUGAAGAUUUUUCUUCAAUCUCUUGAUGUUGAAUUAGUAUUCAUGGGGGCAAGUUGCAUGGUUGUGAUCUGCGAAGGGCACAGUUUGAAACAGGAAUGCCAGCUAAAGGCAAAUUCCAUUGUCCGAGCCAUUGACAAAACAGCCGGUGGGUAGGGGAUAGGGGGCAGGGGUGCAGGGGGAGUGGCUAUUAAAUCAUGCAAAAAUGUUUGCAGGAAGAAAACACUAGAAGGAAACACCAGAUUCCCCAAGUAACAAACUUCAAUCACUUUGUAGAAUCCUGUAGUAAAACUUUGGUUUCAUAUGAAUGUUUUAUUCCUUUUUUAUGCAAAGGUGCAAUUCCGAAGUGUAGAACUUGAAUGGGGGCUGAGGAUUGGUAACCAUCUUUGAACAAAACAUUUUACCAAGUAUUUUUAUGCCUGUUGCAUUAUUUUUUUUAUUUUGAAGGCUGUUUUUCAACUCUGUAUUUUCAACUCGAUAGAAACUCUGAUAAAAAAGAACCAGAUAGGGGUACUUUUGUACAAAGAUUCCGUUAGUAGAUUAAUAUACUUCAGAUCAUCGGCACACACACAUUUUGUAAAUGACAUUCCACUUUGAAAUUAUGUUUGAACUGUCUUUAUUGUUUGCAGAUAAAACUGAAACAUUGGAACUAAGUUAUUAUGCACAUGUAAAAAAUACAUGCCUAAAUUUGAAAUGGUUAAAUAGUAUACUAAAUAGAGGCCAAUGUUUUUUGAUACAUGUUCAGUUGGAAUUAACAUACCUAACUUUUUAUAAAGUUGUCAUAUUUCUCAAAAUCACUGAAAAUGUUAUGUAUAGCUUUCAAGGUUCUUUUUUUAAAUCAAGGUUUUGUAACUAGCAAAACUGCAAUCAUAAAAGCACCAUUUGAAGCACUUUCAAUAUUCUAAGCCUUGUUAGAAGCCUUAUUAGAAUAACUUCACAGUAAUUUGAGCACCACUUUUGACCAUAGAGCAAUUUUAUAUUACUCCCAAGAACAAACCAUUUUGUGCAAAGCGUUCUGGCUGAAAACAAAAUUGAAGUACCUGACAGUACAUAGAGGUUUACCUUUUCAGACCUAACCUUUUUUUAUACGUCACAGUUGUAACAUAACUUUGUACAGUUUAUUAAAAGACAAGAUUUAUCA